AUGGACACCUCACGGGUCCUGCGGCUCUUCCUGCUCCUAGCCUCAAGUGUUGAGGUCACAGCCCUCAGAGCCACUUCUGGGGUUCAGCAAACCAGUGUCUAGGAACUCAGCUUGACCCAAGGUCCGGGUUUGCUGGCUCCUUCCCCUGAACCCCGCUGGGAGUUUCUGGAUCAGCCUCCAGACUCAAAAGCCUCUGCUGACACCCCUUGUUCCAAACGGUUUCCUGCAGCCCUGACUUCGCACAACACACAUGGAUCUCUCCGGUCGAAUGUUUCUGCUGAAGGCCAAAUUCCCAGCCUCGACCCCACCUUCUCGGAAACACCUGGUUCCGAAAUAAUUACCAUGGAUUCUCGAGUCCCUGCCAAAGACCUGGAAGACCCCUUCUCUGUGAAGACCCCGGCUUCAGGCAUUUCUGCUCAAGUCCCAGACCUCACAGCCUCCUUCGAGAACCUAAGCUCCCAGUACUCCUCCCAGGACCUGGAGUUUGAAUUCCCUACCCAGGGCCCUGGAGUCAAAGUUCCUGCGGAAGCCCACCCAGAGGCAAGCUUCCCCCAGCAGGUUGGGGGGCCUCUGGCUGUGCUUGUGGGGGCCCCGAUCCAGCUCCCCCUGGCUCCAGUCCCCAGCCCUGGCCCCCCUGCCCCACUGGUGGUCUGGCGCCGGGGCUCCAAGGUGCUGGCAGCUGGAGGCUUGGGGCCUGGGGCUCCUCUGAUCAGCUUGGACCCGGCUCACCAAGACCGCCUACGGUUUGACCAAGCCCAUGGGGGUCUACAACUCACUUCUGCUCAGCUACACGAUGCAGGGGUCUACACAGCUGAGGUCAUCCGGGCUGGGGUCUCCCGGGAGGUGCGGGAGUUCACGGUGCGUGUAUAUGAGCCCCUGCCCAAGCUGUCUGUGCAGCCUCAGGCCCCGGAGACGGAGGAGGGGGCGACAGAGCUCCGACUACGCUGCCUGGGCUGGGCGCCAGGUCGCGGGGAGCUAAGCUGGAGCCGGAAUGGACGCGCCUUGGAGGCUGCGGACCCGGAGGGGGGCGAGCAGCCCCGGAUCCGCACCGAGGGCGACCAGCUGCUCAUCGCGCGCCCAGUCCGCGGUGACCACGCCCGGUACACGUGCCGUGUCCGGAGCCCCUUCGGCCACACUGAAGCCGCGGCCGACGUCAGCGUCUUCUACGCCGGCGCCUACGCCUGUCUCGCCGCGAACCCGCGCACAGGCCGCCGCCGCCGCUCACUGCUCAACCUCACCGUGGCAGAUCUGCCCCCCGGUUCCCCACAGUGCUCAGUGGAGGGAGGUCCCGGGGACCGCAGCCUCCGCUUCCGCUGUUCGUGGCCGGGUGGGGUCCCCGCCGCCUCCCUGCAGUUCCAGGGUCUCCCCAAAGGCAUCCGCGCGGGGCCGGUGCCGUCCGUGCUCCUGGCAGCUGUCCCCAUCCACCCCCGGCUCAGCGGCACCCAGGUCACCUGCCUUGCCCGCCACUUGGUGACCACCCGCAGCUGCACCGUCACCCCCGAAGCCCCCCGGGAGGUGCUGCUGCUUCCGGUGGUGGAGGAGACAAGGUCAGGGGAGGCCCAGGUGGUCCUGGAGGCCUCUGGCUGUCCCCCCCCUUCCAGAGCAUCCUGGGCACGGGAAAGGCGCCCCCUGGCCCCAGGAGGUGGGAGUCGCCUGCAGCUCAGCCCAGAUGGACGGCGGCUCCUUAUUGGCAACUUCUCUCUGGACUGGGACCUUGGAAAUUACUCCGUGUUGUGCAGUGGGGCACUGGGUGCUGGUGGAGACCAUAUCACCCUCAUUGGACCCUCCAUCUCCUCAUGGAGGCUGCAGAGAGCCCGGGAUGCAGCGGUGCUGACCUGGGAUGUGGAGCGUGGAGCCCUAAUCAGCGGUUUUGAGAUCCAGGCUCGGCGACAGGGCGCAGACCUGAGCAGAACCAGUCCUGAUAAGGACUGGGUCUCUCUGCUCAUCCUGGGGCCUCAGGAACGAUCAGCUGUGGUGCCCCUUCCUCUUCAGAACCCAGGGAGCUGGGCCUUGCGGAUCGUACCCACCUUGGGGAGACGGCCAGGGACCCCAUCCCAAAGUCGCAUCUACCAGGCUGAUCAAACCCUGGGGCCGGGGGCCAUCGCUGGCAUCGUCCUGGGCUCCCUGCUGGGCCUGGCGCUCCUGUCAGCACUUCUCCUCCUCUGCAUCUGCUACCUGUGCCGCUUUCGGGGAGAGAAGCUUAAAAAGAAGCAUCCUGCCGCCCUGAGGCCGGCGGUCCUCCCGCCCGAGGAGAAGGCGCCCAGUGUCUUCCCAGUACAGACCCCGCCGCCUCUGCCCCCCAAAGCCCCGCUGGAGGCCCCCCGAGCCGCUGACCCCAGACCAGUCGUCUCUCCCAGCGGGGGCCCGAGGACUGUCCGGGCAGCGACGCAGGUGUGA